AAAAAACAGAAAUGUAUGUUAAGCAGAGAAGAAAUGGAAACGGCAAUAGCACAAGCAUAGAUUGAAUUGAAUCACAGAAGAAAGAAAGAAAGAAAUCCCACGACGUCAAUAUCAGAGGAGAGAAAGUUGAAGAGAAAACUGACACACGAAGUGAGAAAAUUAAACACACACGCCACGCCAUCACCACCGCCCCCAUUGCCCAUCUCCGGCAAACGCAACCCAAAAACCUAACUAACGGUCACACUGUUCCUUCCUUCGUUGAUUCAAUUCAACCUCUCUCUCUCCAAUUCUUCAUCAACAUCUUCAACCGAAUUCCCUUUCCGAUGAGAUUGAUUUGAAUCGAGUUUUGCUUUUCCGAAUUGCGCGGCGAUUCUGAGAUGAAUAUGCCGCCGAAGCCGAACCAGGUGGCUGUGAGAGACCUCGUCGAGGAAGCCAAAAAACGGAUCGUCAUCCUCGUCGUAUGCGUCGUCGGGCUCUCCUAUCUCAUGUCCUUGACAAGCUCCUCAGUUUGGGUCAACUUGCCAGCUGCAGCCUCCUUAAUUAUUAUUCUCCGCUAUUUAUCACUAGAUUUUGAAAUGAAGAGAAAAGCUGCAGCAUACAACAAUAAAGCAGGCUCCACCAAUGUUCAGUCUUCAAAGAAGCCUGUUGAAAAUCCUAAAGUUAUUGCAAAGUUUGAGUGGAGAACAAAAGUGAAUUCUCCUGUUGUUGAGGAUGCAAUUGAUAACUUCACCAGACAUUUAAUUUCUGAAUGGGUGACAGAUCUAUGGUAUUCUCGCUUAACACCAGACAAAGAGGGUCCCGAGGAGUUAGUGCACAUAAUUAAUGGUGUUCUUGGGGAAAUUUCAGGACGCAUGAGAAACAUAAAUUUGAUAGAUUUUUUAAUAAGGGAUCUUAUUAAUCUCAUUUGCUCACACUUGGAGCUGUUUCGUGCUGCCCACUCAAAAAUUGAAAAACGACAUACAGGUUCAUUAACAAUCGAAAGUCGAGACAUGGAACUAAAAAAUGUUUUGGCUGCUGAGAACAAAUUGCAUCCUGCUUUAUUUUCUGCAGAAGCUGAGCAUAAGGUUUUGCAGCAUCUGAUGACAGGUCUUAUGCAUGUUACUUUCAAGUCUGAGGAUUUGCAGUGUUCUUUCUUUCGAUAUACUGUCAGGGAGCUUCUUGCAUGUGCUGUAAUACAGCCUGUCCUAAACUUAGCAAAUCCAAGAUUUAUUAAUGAAAGAAUUGAAUUUGUGGUAGUUAACAAGACAAAGGUUAACAAGGGGGUUGCUGCAGCUCAAGAGGCAUCUCACACUAAAGCAGAUGAGAUACAAAUUUCAUCUGAUGAUUUCUUCAAGUCUUCAGAUCCUUCUGUUACUGGUGUUGAGCUUGUGCAGCUAAGAAAUGGUCAAUCCAAAAAUGCAGAGUCAUCUGCAGAAAAUAAUGCCCGUGAUAAUAUUACUAAAGAUCCAUUGCUUUCAAUUGAUGCUCGACCUUCCCGUACAUGGAACUCAAUGCCUGCAAACUCCCUAACUAAUGAUAACCUAGGUCUUCAACGACAUCGCUCAGGAGGAGAGUGGGGAGAUAUUUUAGAUGUCAUCUCUCACAGAAAGACCCAAGCUCUUGCUCCAGAACAUUUUGAAAAUAUGUGGACUAAAGGGAAAAAUUACAAGAAAAAGGAUGGCGAGAACCAGUCAAAUGAGCAUGUUUCACAGCAUUCCCAGGUAGGAAAACUGUCGAUGGUAGAUCAUAUGAAGGAAAUAUCUGGACCAAACGAAAGAGAUACUAAUUCCAAGCUUAUGCUUCCGCCUAAGGGACGCCACAUUAAUUCUGGGCACAACAGUCAAUUCUCUGUAGAAAAUACCUCCAUUCAUGCAGACAAGAAUGGAUCAACUUCAGUUACCUCAUACAAAGAUGAUAAGUCAGUUACCUCGUAUAAAGAUGAUGAGCACAGCCACAUUUAUGGGCAGAUGAGUGAUUCAGCGAGCAGUACUUCUUAUUCCUCUGAAGAUAACGAAAGUAGUACUGUCACUGGUCUUGAUUCCCCUGUCACUAAGGUUUGGGAUGGAAAAAGUAAUAGAAACCAGGCCGUUUCUUAUGUUCAUCACCCACUUGAAAAUUUUGACAAUCACAGUGCAAAGAAAAGGAAUAAGAGCCAUUCUCGGUAUCCAAGAUUAUCCAGAGCCCAAUCUGGCAGUAAAAGGUCUUGGCCAGGUGGUCAAAAAAUACAAACGUGGCAGGAAGUUGAGAGAACAAGCUUUUUAUCUGGAGAUGGUCAAGACAUACUUAAUUCUUCAAAAUCACAUAUAAAUUCUGAGGAGUCCAGUGAUGAUGCUGAUAUGGAAAGUUUGGGUAGACUUUAUAGUGGAGCAGCUGCCUCCUCUUCUGCCUACUCUAUUUCUAAAUCAGAAUCUUGUAGUUUGUCUGUUGGUCCCCUGAAAAAUUCCUCUGCUGUAGAUUCCUUUUACAAGUUGAGAUGUGAGGUCUUUGGUGCAAAUAUUGUGAAGAGUGGCUCAAAAACCUUUGCUGUUUACUCCAUAUCUGUUACAGAUGUAAAUCACAACAGUUGGUCAAUUAAAAGAAGGUUUCGCCAUUUUGAGGAGCUACAUCGACGCCUGAAAGAGUUCGCUGAGUAUAAUCUUCAUUUGCCACCAAAGCAUUUUCUGUCAACUGGUUUAGAUGUACCAGUCAUUCAAGAGCGGUGUGAAUUACUGGAUAAAUAUUUGAAGAAACUUAUGCAAUUACCAACAGUUUCGGAAUCAAUUGAAGUAUGGGACUUUCUCAGUGUUGAUUCUCAGACAUACAUAUUCUCAAAUUCUUUUUCUAUCAUGGAAACAUUAUCAGUUGGCUUGAAUUCAAAACCAUUUGAGAAGACUAAAAACACUUCCAACUUCUCUGCACCUGCAAGCGAUCCUGUUUCCUUUUGGAGAGAAAACUGUAGUGCUGAAAGUAAAGAGGCUGUUUUGGGAGCAAGAAAUAAUGUUGUGGCCAAUGGAAUGAGGUCAAAAGUAAACAGCACACCUCUUUCUCUACCAAAAAAGAGUACACACGAACCUAGAAAGUCAUUUGACAAUUCUAGCAGCAAUACAAACAUUCUAGCACGGAAGAGUGUACCUUCUCCCAAGACAGUGAAAGGAAGAAAUAAUUCAGAUGAGGUUUCUGAAGUGCACCAUGAUACUUCCGAUGCUUUUCCAACAGAGUGGGUGCCACCAAAUUUGAGUGUACCCAUAUUGGAUCUGGUUGAUGUUAUCUUCCAGGUUCAAGAUGGUGGAUGGAUUAGGCGGAAGGCUUUUUGGGUUGCUAAACAAAUCUUACAACUAGGAAUGGGUGAUGCCUUUGAUGACUGGUUGAUAGAGAAAAUUCAGCUUCUCCGUAAGGGAUCAGUGGUUGCUUCAGGGGUCCAGCGAGUUGAGCAAAUACUAUGGCCUGAUGGAAUAUUCAUAACCAAGCAUCCAAAUCGACGACCACCGCCACCUACUAGUCCAUCUCAGAAUUCUCCUCAUGGCAAUCAACCUACACAAGUGUCUUCUCCAAGGUUGGAUGAUGAGCAGCAACAGGAGGCAGAUCGGCGUGCAAAAUUUGUAUACGAGCUAAUGAUCGAUCAUGCACCGCCAGCAAUUGUAGGUCUUGUUGGUCGGAAGGAGUAUGAGCAAUGUGCAAGGGAUCUAUAUUUUUUCCUUCAGUCAUCCGUUAUCUUGAAGCAGCUGGUUUUUGACAUCUUGGAGCUGCUGCUGACAUCGGCAUUUCCCGAACUUGAUAAUGUGUUCAAGCAGCUGCAUGAAGAAAAGCAUAAAUUUGGAGAGUUCAGAACAGAGUAAAUAUUACAAUUUUCAGAUGAGGCACGGAGAAACAAUGGUACAGAUGUUUCGUCUUCCGAAAUACAUUUUUUUGUCUUUUGAUUGUUCCUGGUUGCCCUUUUGUCUCCGCAACCGUUAACCUGUUCUUUCUGCCUACUAGUGGGCUAAAGGCAAUACAAUUUUUCCAUCUACCGAGUCAGGUUUUGUAAUUAAGAUUGGCGUUUUGAGGCAGACGUCAUGUAAAUUUUGAGAUCAAUGAAAUUAUUUUAAGAUUCUUUAUUGGCAAAA